UUAGUUACCACAGCACUGGCAGAGGUAUAAAUACCGGCAACAGGAUAAUGUUUAAAACAGAAACUCACUUGAGUUGCAAGGAAUAACAUCGUUUAACUUUCUUAAAUCUUUUUUAUUUCGUUUUUAAUUUAAAAGCAAAUUCGUCGCAAAAUGUCGUCCAGCGAAAUUUAUCGUUAUUACUACAAAACCUCCGAGGAUUUACAAGCCUUCAAAGUCAAUUCGGGUGAAACAUAUUUCAAUCCAAUGGCAGCCUAUAAUCCCGCCAUUAAUGUACCAGCACAAAAUCAUCUUAACAUGGCCUAUCAAGGUGGUUUAAUGGUUAAUCCUUCCAGUAACUAUAUGAAUGCUAAUGGAUUUUUAACAUUCGAACAAGCUUCCUCCGAUGGCUGGUUAACCUCGUCGCCUGCAUCCCAUCGUUCGGAAAGUCCUGAGUUCAUUGAUUUGAAUACCAUGUAUGCUGGACAUAUGCAGCAGCAACAAGCUCAACAAUUGCCUACUUUAAAUCAAUACUCCGCUCUAAAUGGUCAUCACCAAGUUAACGAACAGCCUACUCAACAGCAGCUGUCCCCAGUUUUGCAGGAGCAAACCAAUCUUGUGCCUAUGGGAUCUUCAAAUGUGGGCACUUGCAAAAGUUUACCGGUCACAAAACCCAAACGUUCAUACAAUCGUAAACCAAAAACUACCACUGCUGCUGCUGCUACUACCGCCAACAUUACCCCAACUGCUCAAUCAGUUCAAGCUACUCCUGCUCCCUAUACCGAAGAAUUCCAUAAUUUUGUUGAUUUCGACAAUACCGGCUUAUUUGAUGACAGUGUUGAUGCUGAGGACAAUAUGAUGUUUUUCAAUCAUGAUGGCAACAGUUCCUCACACGAUGACUUCGAUGCUAGUGGCUCUUUUGAGUUAAAUGAUGCUGAAUGUGAUGACUCUCUCAAUGACUCAGAUCCCUCGAGCUCUUCUCAAGCCGGUGGCAAAAAACGGCGUGGCAAACAAAUUUCCCCCGUUGUAAAACGUAAACGUCGUCUAGCCGCCAAUGCCCGUGAACGUCGUCGUAUGCAAAAUCUUAAUCAAGCUUUUGAUCGUCUACGCCAAUAUUUGCCCUGUCUGGGUAAUGAUCGUCAAUUGUCGAAACAUGAAACUCUACAAAUGGCUCAAACUUAUAUUGCUGCUUUGGGUGAUUUGUUGCGUUAAAUUCGUCAUUCACUUACAUCCUUGUUACAUGGCUUGUUACGACGAGUUGAGCUCGUGCCAAAGUUUGUACCUUAAACCAAUUCCUGCCUCAUAAACUGUUGCUGUAUUAUAUAGUUAGUAGUAGUUAGAAAAAAAGAAAGCAAAAAACAAAGAAAAAUGUUAAUUGUUUGUUAAAUUUUAGUAUUAUUAAGUUUAUUUUUGUAUAAACAAUUUUAUAUUCAAUUGUAAUUCAACCGGAAGACAUGAUUAGUUUUAAAUUUAAAUUUAAGUUUUUAUUUUAUAAUUUAAGAAAAUUAGUUCAAAUAUAUUUUUAAA